AUGUCUGACAAGCCUGAUCUGUCUGAGGUUCAGACGUUCGACCACAAGCAGUUACGAAAGACCAACACAGCAGAGAAGAACACCUUGCCUUCAAAAGAAACGAUCGACCAGGAGAAGGAGGCUGCCAAGAAAUCGUAG